AUGGGCUCAAGAAAAACAAAUGCAAGAGGAAGACAGUUACAAGAGGUAAUCAAUAAAGGUUAUAUCAACUGUAUAGAUGAUGAUAGUACGACGUUUGAAAAGAAUGAUUAUAAAGAAAAGAUUGACUGGAUAUUAGCCAGUCAGCCACUUCAUUCAUUAAUAUCAAACGUCGAAACACAUGCAACAAUCGGUACAUUAAGUGGUCGUAAACCAUUAACCUUCGAUAUACCAAUUGGAAUCGAACCCAAACCAGCAUCUCCAAGAUUAUCGCUAAAUUUCAAAGCAGCAAAUUGGUCAAAAUUUAGAAGCAAAUUAAAUGAACAGCUAAUGCUAUGGAACAAACAUCGUCAUAUUACUUCAGCAAUAGAUAUAGAAGAAUAUACAUCGCUUAUCACCAACAGCAUUAAAUCAGCAACACAAGAAGCCAUACCAACAUCGAAACAACUGAAUACAAAUAUUCGACUAAGUGAAGCGACCAAGCAUCUGAUCCAGCUUAAGCACAAAACUUAUCGGAAAUGGAAAAAGACUGGAGAAGGUAGCGAAAAACAACAAUAG